AUGCUCUCCCCCAAUUAUCCCCACGCUCGUUCCCCGCCUCCAGUCCGACCCUCACGGUCGCUGGAAGGCCUCGAGCGAGUCAUUCCACCAACACCCACUUCUCCAUACACCACCUCCUCAAUCACUAUGGGCUACUCCUCCACAACUCUCUACAAGCCUCAUUUCUCACCUACCCGCUCCGACCUCUUCCUCAACAAGCCACUCCCCGCAAGACCCCUCCCGGACGCCCCGCCCGACUACGAGUACUCCGCCAUGUGGAGCGACUCGAGCGACGACGAAAGCGACACCGACAGCGAACUCACCGUCGACAGCUUCACGGUCGGCGACCCCAGUGAACCACGUAACUCGACAGAGAGCUACCCUAUCUUCGUCAGCUCGGGCUCCGAUGAUUACGGCGAUUUGGUCGAUCACCCGGCCCCCGCAGAUCAAAGACCAGACCCAGAACGCGUUAGUUUGGGUUUGACUCCGCUCCGCUCUCCAUCUCCACCGACUAUCGCCGAGGAAAGUCGUUCGCGCACGGACGAGGUCGAAUCCCUGGUCGAGUCGGUGAAUGCGAGCGAUCAGGAGAGUGAAUACGAGUCCGCUAAUAAUUCCACUACCGAGAGGUCCGAUGCUCAGUAUGGUCGCUUGUCACAGUGGUCGCAGAAUCGCACUGGGACCAAUCAUUAUUUCCGUGAGAAGAAGUGGGAUUUCUUCCCGGAGUUGGCGACUCCGUCCGCUAUGCAGGCUGGUGGGGGGAGGACGAGUCCAGAUUUGGCUUCGCGCAGUGGGAAAUCUCGCAAGAAGGAUGGUCGAUUGAACGUCUCUAAUAAGAGUCGCCGGUGGCAUUCACUUGAUCGGGCGGGGUUGGGAUUGGCAUAUGGUGUGCGUCAUUCAAUUAAGACGUACGUUCAUCGUACGUGGUCUCGCGACUCGACCGAUGCCAAAGCCAAGGAGGCCCCGCGGCCGUCAACCGCCCCGGUCGAACAGCUCGAGGCAGCUCUCGCCUUCCACCGUCCGGAGGAUAUCAUGGUCGCUCCCCAUUCCGAUAUCAACGUUCAACUUCGCUCCUUCUCCAUCUCGACUGCCUCUACAGCUAGCGAAAUGCCCCCCAGCCCGGCUAGCCCACACAGUGCCCGCUCCUUCCAGCCCCGUCAAAAACAACUAGCCGUGCCCAUGUCCAAUUAUCAAAAGUAUGGACCCGCCAUCUGGGAAUCUCCCAAGAAGUCCAAGAAGAAGGCUUCGCAGAACCAGAUAUAUCUCGGCACACGUUCCAACCCUACUUCGCCGACCGUGGGACAGUUCUCAAUUGCGAAUCCCACGCCACCACUCUCUCCACCAUUGAAGCUGCAAUUGCAGAAUGGAUCGCGGGAGGCAGUUCGUGUCAUCCAGGGCGGCAGAAGCCAGGUUCUCUUGAAGCUGGACGGGGCGAAGAAGAAAAUAUCUGAGUCGAAGGAUGAGCGACGGCGAGAACAGUUGAAGGCUCAGAUUAAAUUGAUCGGGCCGGUGAAUCCGCAUACGUAUAUGCAAGACAAUCCUUGGGUUUGA